AACUCAAAACCCGCCUCGUCGAAGACUUAGUACCAACUAUAUAAUUCAAAGAUAUCCUUCAUUGCAGAAACAAUCUCCUACGGUUUCUCGAGUCUUAUUGAUAGUUGAAAAAUUUUUCAACAGAUUAAAUUUCCGCUUGACCUUCAAAAGUUCAGCAGCUUUUCUAUUAUAUAUGAAGUGAUUCCUUAAGUUCACUCAAGUAAUUUUGAUUUCUAAUCUCGUCAUCACGAGGAGAAUAAAGACAGUUGUUACUCGCUUACAGCAGCUACAGUAGUCCAAGUCAAGCGUGGAAUAAGAAGAAACUUUUAAAGCGGACAAGAUUUAUAGUUCAUAACUGAUACGACGGGCAGCCUGAGAGAACACAAACGAUGGAAAAUUAGUGAAAUGACUUACAAGGUGGUUAAAUCAGCAUUGUGGGUUCUUUUCUUUGCCCUCCUAGCCCAGAAUACGAAGCAAGCGCCAUUAACAUCCAAGCCUGUGGACAAGGCAAAGCCAAAUAAUUACAAAAUUUACAUUAUUCAGCCUAAUCAUAAUGUGACGCUUGAAGAAGACUUGGUAAUAGACACAAGACGAGGAACUGAAAUAUUUUUGAUCCCAAAACAUAAGCUGGAAGUAUUCAAAGACUUUUCUAAGAAGUUGGACAUAAUAUUCGAUGGCAAGAGAAAAACAUGCUACGUUUCAAGACAGCAGCUGUUCGAGGCGAGACCAGUAGCCCUGAAAUCCCUCAUGGAAAAUAAAAGCAUCUAUACGAAUGAUGAUCUUGUAUCGAAAGAUACAACAACCUGGAAAGUGGACGCAGUUUUCACCCAUCGAUCUCUUCUUAGUGAAAAAAUGGCUGCGUUGUGUGCUCGAAGCUCAAUCUACUGGAUACAAAAGAUUAAGGGGACUGGGUCGGUGAUCCAGUCACGUGACACAGAGUUCUUCAAAGAUCCUCGAUCGUUAUGUGUCAGCUACCUUUGUUGGUAUGUCACAGAAUACAGAAUUGUUACUUACUGGGGAAGAAGAAUCCUCCACAGCAGAAAAGUAAAAAGAUGUCGUCGAAUUGUUUGUUAAUGCUGGCCAGUUUAUAAUAUGCAUGGGUUUUGUUUCUUUGUUGUGCACAAGUUAAAAGUAAUCAAUUUAUUGAUUGAUUAUUAAUCAUCAUUAUUUUAUUGUUAGUAUUAAUAUUUUACAAACGAGUUCAGGGGCGUAGCCACGGGGGUUCAACAAGAGGGCCCGGUCCCAAAUCCUCAUGCUGUAGAAACAUCAAAGCAUAUAUAUAGUUACAUGAUAGGUUCGACUUACCGAUGUUCUGAAAACUGUUUUUGCCCUCCCCCCCCUGGCCACGCACCUGGAGUUCCGGAAAGGAUUCAGAGAGGGGGUGAAUUGGGUGACUAGUCACCUCCCUUUUAAGUUGAGAACUAAUAAGAAUAAAGGGUAAAGGAAGACCUGAAAAGGAAGCUAUGUUAUGCGCUAGGUAAUAGUCAUCCUCUYGAAAUCGUUCUGGCUUCGCCACUGGAUAUGGAUACUGCGUAUUAGGAUAUUUAAAGCAUUAAGAGGAAAUGUUUUUCGAUAACGAGCAAUAAUGGCAAAAAGUGCCAAAAAAUAGACCUUCGUAUGAGUUUUGAUCCCAAUUUUCGUUUUGGGUUAACACUCAAAACAUAUUUUAACAGUUAGAAA